AUGGUAAAACAAAGUUUCAUGUCAAAAGCUAGCAAAAAUAAAUUACCAGAAUCAUAUGUGGAUUCAUAUUUAAUUACAAGAAGUGACAAACUUUGUCCAAUGGCCUUUUAUAUUAACUUCGAUGUAAUUAAAAAAGACGUAAGUGUGAAAAAAUGUUGGGAAUCCAAAUAUAUGAAAAGUCCCUUUAAGCGUACUUCUGAAUUAAAUUAUGUUUCUGCAUGCCUGAGUUUAAAAGUCAACUUUGUACUUAAAAAUUUUAAAGUGGUUCAAAUUUAUGCUGUAGCAUUCGCUUUCAAGAUUGGAAGUAUAAAAGCUCCACAUCAUGGGGUUCUGGAGGCACUUUUGAAGCUGCUGAAAUGCUGGAAAUUUCACAAAUAUCCAGUAUUACAUUUAUGCCGAAAGACUAAGAGACUAAAGCUACUUGCUGUUUACCAAAAGCCGACAAACAGAUUAAUACAGGAAAUUAUUAAUUCGGCUCCACUCCAACCAAACAGUAAUGUUUUGAGUGUCGCGACCACCCGUAAACAGGGGACUUAUUUCCUAUUAACUAGAAAUUCGCUGCAACUAUUUAUAUUAACAAAUGAACCAUUCAUGGACAUUUUGCAAUUUCUGGAAAGCAACCAAUGUUUAGAAAGGCAAAAAUUUACCAAAUCUACUGACCUGCUUCCAUUACCUACUUAUGAGGUCCUUUUAAGCGAAAUAUCCCCACAAAUUUUACCACAGCCUAUUUCUAAGUCUGAUAAUAACAUUUUAAAAGUAAAUGAAAAGUCUAUUUAUUAUACAAAUCUCCCAUCUGUGUACCUAUUUAUUUUUUUGGAAGUUGCAAUAAUAGGUGGGCACUUUCAUUUUGAAAAGGAAACGUCAUUUCUCGCAGUUACAACUGGACGUAGUAGUACGAAUAUUAUUGGGCCAGUCCAUUUAAUGUUUUCUUUUAAACAGCCUUUCAUUUUGCAUUUUUCAUUCCUUAAAAAGCGUCAAAAUCCAUCUGAAAAGAUGGCACAAGAAUGGAUCAUUUCAACUUGCAACGGCAUCCUCAAUUCUAGUAUCUUUGUAUCCACAUUUAUGCCGGCAGUCACUAAUUCCUCCUAUACGCCAAUUAUAGGUAUCUUUACACAUAAGGAGGGUUUAAGAGGUGUCCAGGAAUGCCCUGGAGUCCUCCGUUAG